AUGAAUGUCUCCGAGUCCGAACAUCAUGAGGGAAUGGCCAUGUCGGCCAUAUUCCGCGGUGGCACGCAGAUCACGCUGUUUUCGUCUGCUCUCUCCACCCAGUCUGUGGGCGCUUAUCUGGCUGCCCUGGUAGCGCUAUGUCUUCUUGCAUGGUUCAACCGCUUCCUCGCUGCCCUUCGCUACCAGAUUGAGGCCACGCAACCCCUCAGUUCUGGUUCCAGUCGCUUCCCCCUGCAGUCGUUUCCAACCGCGGAAGAAUGGGACGAUGGCAGCGCCAAUUCGGCUCCAAGUGCAGGCCUUAUUCCAGGCCAUGAGAAAUCCCAUGAGAGCAACGACCGGCUGCUCCCCCGCCUUGUUUGCCCCUUCCCCACAUGGGCUGCGUCGAGACCGUGGCGCUGGCGCAUCGAUGGCCUAAACACACUCCUCGAAGGGAUUCGGUCCUUAACUGGCUAUCUGCUAAUGUUAGCCGUCAUGACCUUCAACCUCGGGGUUCUGGCCGCGAUUGUGGCAGGGGUCAUGGUCGGGGAGCUCACUCUCGGUCGUUUCUCCCAUUCGGCUCAGUCGGCAUGGCAGGAUGGGGCCUGCCAUGAUGAUUAG